UCCUCCUCGCGCUCCACUCCGGCUUCCUCCAGCGCAUCGCACAUCGCAUCGCUCUUAGCUGGUUCGCUGCUGCAGUCUGUUUCUCUCUCUCUCUCUCUCUCUCUCUCUCUCUCUCUCUCUCUCUCUCUCUCUCUCUCUCUCUCAAGUUUCUUAUUUCCUCACGAUCACGGCAAAGAGAGGAAAGCAUCGAAUUCUGCUUGCUGUUUCAGAGGGGUGAUGAAGACGAAAUGGAACAUCUCCAACAUGCAGUCGCUCCUUCUUGCUUUCUUGCUGUGGGACCCAGCCAGGUUGGUCCUGGCUAACAUCCAAGAAGAUGAGGCUAAAAAUAACAUUACCAUCUUCACAAGGAUUCUAGACAGACUUCUGGAUGGCUACGAUAAUCGGCUUAGACCAGGCCUGGGAGAUACCAUUACUGAAGUCUACACUAACAUCUAUGUGACCAGUUUUGGCCCUGUCUCAGAUACAGAUAUGGAAUACACAAUAGAUGUUUUUUUCCGACAAAGAUGGAAAGAUGAACGCUUAAAAUUUAAAGGACCUAUGAAUAUACUACGGCUUAAUAAUUUAAUGGCUAGCAAAAUCUGGACCCCAGAUACCUUCUUUCACAAUGGAAAGAAGUCUGUAGCUCAUAACAUGACAAUGCCGAAUAAGCUGCUUCGAAUCCAGGAUGAUGGGACACUGCUGUACACUAUGAGGCUUACAGUUCAAGCGGAAUGUCCAAUGCAUUUGGAGGAUUUCCCAAUGGAUGCUCAUUCAUGUCCUCUGAAAUUUGGCAGCUAUGCAUAUACAACCUCAGAAGUCACUUAUGUUUGGACUUACAAUGCAUCUGAUUCAGUACAGGUUGCUCCUGAUGGCUCCAGGUUAAAUCAGUAUGACCUACUGGGCCAAUCAGUUGGGAAGGAAACAAUUAAAUCCAGCACAGGUGAAUACACUGUAAUGACAGCUCAUUUCCACUUGAAAAGAAAAAUCGGGUACUUUGUGAUUCAGACGUAUCUGCCUUGCAUCAUGACUGUCAUUCUCUCCCAAGUGUCAUUCUGGCUCAAUAGAGAGUCUGUGCCUGCGAGAACUGUAUUUGGAGUAACUACUGUUCUAACAAUGACAACUUUAAGCAUCAGUGCUCGGAAUUCUCUCCCUAAAGUGGCUUAUGCCACUGCCAUGGAUUGGUUUAUUGCUGUUUGUUAUGCAUUUGUGUUCUCUGCUCUAAUUGAAUUUGCAACUGUUAAUUACUUCACCAAAAGAGGAUGGGCCUGGGAUGGGAAAAGUGUAGUAAAUGAUAAGAAAAAAGAGAAGGCAUCUGUCAUGAUACAGAACAAUGCUUAUGCGGUGGCUGUUGCCAAUUAUGCCCCAAAUCUUUCAAAAGAUCCAGUUCUUUCCACCAUCUCCAAGAGUGCGACCACACCAGAACCCAAUAAGAAGCCGGAUAACAAGCCAGCAGAAGCCAAGAAAACUUUCAACAGUGUUAGCAAAAUUGACAGAAUGUCCAGAAUAGUUUUCCCAGUUUUGUUUGGUACAUUUAAUUUAGUUUACUGGGCUACGUAUUUAAACAGGGAGCCUGUAUUAGGGGUCAGUCCUUCAAUCUAGACACAAGUCAUCUUUGGGAUAUAUACUUUACACUUGGUUUGUUUUGCUGUGUACAGUCUGACUAAUAACUGCUAAUUUGUCCACCAAUAUGUACAGUGUGUAUAUAGUGACCUAGCUUACCAGUAGAACUUUAACAGAGAUAUGCAUUUGCUAACUUAUGGAAAUGUGGGCAGAAGCACCCCAAGCUAAAAAGAGCCAUUGUCUUUUUUAAAGAUUUAUCCUGGGAUAUGGUUUAUAGUGGUUUUCAGAAGACCUGAUUUAUUUCAUAUUCUUCUAAUAAUGAUGAAAAUUGGGAUUCUACAUUAUCCUUUAUGGAAUGUUUUCAUUUAGGGAUUUUUUUAUUAAUUAAAAAUGAUUAAAAUAGAAGAUAAUGUCACUUAAGAUAAAUUCUUAGCAGAAUCUCAUAUCUGCACCAUCACUUCCCUCCACAAGGGCUCAGAGGCCCUGCUAAUAUAAUUGGAAGCUUGACAUACAUAAAAAAAAAAAAAACUAGAGAUUUGAAAUCAGCUUUUAAUUACUCUGUAGAGUAUCUAUAACCAUGUACAUAUUAUCGCAUGACAAGCUCAAAUAAUUAUGAGUCACCCUGACAGGAUGUUAAUUAUGCCUACAAUUUAGUAACUACUGGAAUGUCAUGGUCAGUAUAUUUUUAGCUUCAGAAUUCAUUUGAAAAUAAUAAUUGAAAUCCUAUGACUUAUUUCAUUCACUUCAAACUACCUUAAAUUAAAAAAUGAAUAAAUGUGUCUUACUCUUUCCAAGUAUGUGUUGUACUGAAA